UUCUCUGGCUCUCCCCUUCUUCUCUCUCUCUCUCUCUCUCUCUCUCUCUCUCUCUCUCUCUUGUCGGUGUUGAGAUCUUGCAGCUUCUGCACUCUAAGCCAUACACUGCAGCUUCCUUGAAGAUUAAAAAAAGGCCAUAACAACUCUGGUCUAGGGUUUCUUAAUUUAUUUGGAUCUGUACGCAAGGGAAGGCCGAAAGGUCAAGGAAAUGCUAGAAUUAUUGUUAUUGUUCCCGUUACUGGAUUGUCGAGAGGCGCUCGCUGCUUUAUGCUAGCUUUAGUGGUGGGAUUGUGGAAAGAGGCGGAGGAGGUGGAGGUGCGUAUGACGGAAUUGGUGGUGUUGUGGAUUUUAUGUGCGCUGGUGAAGGAUUCGAGGAGGGUAAUAAGGUGGAAUUGUGGGUUGUUCAUAAGGAGCAGGGGUAGAUGGGGCAAAUGUGGCUGAUCCUUUCUUCUUCUUAUUGUUGAGGUUUAUUUUUCCUUCUUUUUUCUUCUUGUUUCCUGGUUUUUUUAUCUCAACUGGCCAAAGCAGAUUGUCGUUUGGACAAACAGUUUUAAGUUUGGCAGUUUUAUAAGAGAGAGAAAACAAUAAUGCAGCAAGAUCACUGGAAGAAGAAUUCAACAGAGAUGGACUUCUUCUCUGAAUAUGGUGAUGCCAAUAGGUAUAAAAUUCAGGAAGUAAUUGGCAAAGGCAGUUAUGGCGUUGUUUGCUCAGCAAUUGUCACCCACACUGGUGAAAAAGUGGCAAUAAAGAAAAUACAUGAUAUCUUUGAACACAUUUCAGAUGCUGCUCGUAUUCUUCGUGAAAUAAAGCUGCUUAGACUCCUAAGACAUCCUGAUAUUGUGGAAAUUAAGCAUAUUAUGCUUCCACCUUCAAGAAGGGAUUUCAAAGAUAUUUAUGUUGUUUUUGAGCUAAUGGAGUCGGAUCUACAUCAAGUCAUUAAAGCCAAUGAUGACUUGACGCGAGAGCACCAUCAGUUUUUUCUUUACCAGCUUCUUCGUGCAUUAAAGUAUAUCCACACAGCAAAUGUCUAUCAUCGAGAUUUAAAGCCAAAGAAUAUAUUAGCAAAUGCAAACUGUAAACUUAAAAUUUGUGAUUUUGGGCUGGCACGAGUUGCUUUCAGUGAUACCCCUACAACAGUAUUUUGGACGGACUAUGUUGCAACACGAUGGUAUAGAGCUCCUGAACUCUGUGGAUCAUUUUUUUCCAAGUAUACACCAGCAAUUGAUAUAUGGAGUAUAGGUUGCAUCUUUGCUGAAGUACUAACAGGGAAACCACUCUUUCCCGGUAAAAAUGUUGUUCAUCAAUUGGAUUUGAUGACGGAUCUGCUUGGUACCCCAUCAUUAGAUACAAUAUCACGGGUUCGAAAUGAUAAGGCAAGGAAAUAUUUAACUACCAUGAGGAAAAAGCAGCCUGUGCCAUUUGCUCAGAAAUUUCCAAAUGCUGAUCCAUUGGCACUGCGUCUGUUGGAAAGGCUACUUGCUUUUGAUCCAAAAGACAGGCCAACUGCUAAAGAGGCAUUAGCAGAUCCUUACUUCAAGGGACUGGCAAAAGUUGAGAGGGAGCCAUCCUGUCAACCAAUAACAAAGAUGGAGUUUGAGUUUGAGAGGCGAAAAGUUACAAAGGAGGACAUAAGAGAGCUAAUUUUUCGAGAGAUACUGGAAUACCAUCCUCAAUUGCUCAAGGACUACAUAAAUGGAACAGAGAGGACUAACUUUCUUUAUCCAAGUGCUGUUGAUCAAUUUAGAAGGCAGUUUGCACAUCUUGAGGAAAAUGGUAGUAAAAGUGGGCCGAUAAUUCCACUUGAAAGAAAACAUGUAUCUCUUCCUAGGUCUACAAUUAUACAUUCAAACACAAUUCCUCCCAGAGAACAAAAUAUUGCUUCUUUGAGAGAUCGGCAGGCGGCGGAGGAAACUUACAGCAAAAAUUCCCGAGAUUCUGAGGGAACUCAUGUAAAUAUAUCAACCCUGCAUGCGCCACAAAGAAUUCCAAUGGCUAAACCAGGAAAGGUUGUGGGGCCAGUUGUUCCAUACGACAAUGGAAGUAUUAUGAAAGAUGCCUAUGACCCAAGAACAUUUAUUAGAGGCUCGUUAGUUCCUCCUCAGGCGAUCCCUUCUGCAUAUGGCUACUGCAAAUCUAGUACAGGGAAGCAAGAUAGAUCUGCCUCAGAAACCCAGAGGGAAUUGUCUUCACAAAAGCAAGUCCAGCAAUGUAGCAUAGCUACUAAAUAUGCACCAGAUAUAGCUAUCAAUAUCGACUCCAACCCCUUUUUUCUGACCCGGGCAGGAAUGAAUAAGGUCGAUGACCAAAUUUCAAUCAAUACAAAUUUGCUGCAUGCCAAGGCUCAGCACGGUGGGAUCAGCCCUGCUGUAACUGCCCCGGCUUCUCACAGAAAAGUUGGUACAGUUCAAUAUGGUAUGACAAAGAUGUACUAAAGCAAGCAGUGGAAGGAGUCGCUGUUCUUGUGCUAAACGGACAGAAUCCAUGUACAGGAAAUUACAAAACUAAAGAAGAGCGAUGGAUGGAGCUUUAUUGCGAGAGCCAGUCGAGUUUAGGCACUAGGUUUGGUCAUGAGUAACUACAUACUGGAUGUCGUGAAAAAGAUGUACAUAUAUUAGAUAAAACUCUACAUGAGAACUCAAUUUUUAUAAAAUAAAAAUCCCAAUAAAGCAACCAUCAUUUUUCUUUUC